AUGAGUACGUCAAAGACUGAGGAUUGUAUUGCCAUUGAUUUCGGAACAUCGAAUACAGCAGUGUGUAUAUAUAAAAAUGGAACUUAUCUCAAUCCAGUCGACAUUGCUGAGAACUAUUAUUGUAUUCCCUCCGUUGCAAUGAUUGACAAACACGGAAUACAUAUACCUGAUAUUGUGGAUACUGCACAAUCAACAAAGGCUUAUGUAUAUAGCGUCAAAAGGAUAUUAGGAAAGGUAAAAUCGCAAUUUGGAGAUAGUGAAAUUGAUGAAGGAAUAUUUCAUAGUCCACUCAAGUUUGAUGAACAUCAAAAUCCGUAUUUUGAAGUAUCAUAUGGAGCUAGAAAAAACAAGGAAACUCGAAAUGUGUAUCCUAUUGAAGUAGUUACAGAGAUUCUCAAGAAGUGCAAAAAGGUGGCUGAAGCGAGGCUAGACAGUUAUCCUGAGUUUCGCGAUUGUGUAAUGACAAUUCCUAACUAUUUCUUUGAUACUAGUAAGAAAGCUUUGAGAGAAGCAGCGAAACGAGCUGGUUUGAAUGUUUUAUAUUUUUUGAAAGAACCUACUGCUGCUGGAAUUCGUUUCAUUUCGGACCCAAAUGCGAAACCGCGUAUAAAAGAAGGUGAGAUAGUGAUGGUAUUUGAUUUUGGAGGAGGUACCUUGGAUUUAACAUUAAUGGUUCGUAAUGGUGACGAUUUUGAUGUGAAAGCUCAAGGUGGUGAUCCAAACUUGGGUGGUACCAAAAUCGAUGAAAUCUUUUGUAAAUAUGUAUUACAAAGAUACCAAAACGAAAAUGGUGAAGCUUUAUUGGGAGAUGACGUUGAUUCACCGAAAUACAGAAAGAACUAUAAUAAGUUAUUAGAUUCUUGCCAUCAUGCGAAAGAACGAUUAUCCGCUGAAGAUAGAGUUCCUGUUAUACUUACUGACAUUGGAGGCAAUUGUGAUGUCGAAAUAAAUGUCGAAGAAUUCAAUGCCAGUGUACUAGAAGAUGGUGAAGUAAUCAGACGCAUUGAUAAUGCUUUAAAGCGUUUAUUUGCCGAGAGUCAUAUUGAUAAGGAAUACAUUUCUAGUGUUAUUUUGAUUGGAGGUUCUUCAAAGAUUCCUCACAUCCAAAACCAUUUGAAGGAUUUGUUUAAAUCAGUUCCCGUGAGUAAUACCAGAGACUAUAAUCCUCACACAACUGUCGUUGAAGGAGCCAUGCGCGUCAAAGUGAACAAUUGGUAUCAUGAAGUCUCCGAAUCACUUGAAUGUUGCUUAGGAUUCAAAGUGAAAAGUGAACAAAGCGACUCUAAACUGCAAAUUGACAUACAUCCUGGUGUAGAUAUUCCUAUUACGAUUACUCGUUACUUCAAUUUGAGCGGAAGUGAUAUUGAUGUAUAUCGAUCAUUCAACGGAAAAGAGAGAAUUGAAGGCACGAUUAAGGUCAAAGAAGCACAAGAAGAAUUUGGUCGCAAAAUGGUUCGUGUUCGAAUUACUUGUAACAAAGAUACGAGUAUCAUAUAUUCUGUAUAUUCCGAUGAUCACCGAGAAAUUGGUAAAUUGGAAUUAAGUCCGAAAACCUAUAAUGAUUGA